CGCUGGGAAAUCGGCGGAUGCCGGGUGCUGGCGCCUGAGGUGAAGGCAUUCGGAGGGAAGGCCCGGGCCGAAGGAGAGCUCCCAGCAGCCAGCCCUCCCCUGCCCGCCGCCCCGGCGCAGGCGACGCUCGGAUGCCCCCUAUGCCUGCCGCGCCAGCCGGAAACUUUGCCCCGAGAAGUCCCCAUCCUUCUGACCGCGCCGAGAGGCGCCUAGUCGGCCGUGUGCCCCACGGGGCCCCGGAGCUCCGCGCGUGAUUUCGGGGACCCCUGGCGCUUGGCGCCUGCCGCACCCCGCCGCGCGCGAGCGGCAGCAAGAAUGCGCUACUCGGACCCCUCGGCGAACAGGGAUUUGUUGGGGAACCGAACUUUGCUCUUCAUCUUCAUCUGCGCCUUUGCCUUGGUGACUUUGCUGCAACAGAUCUUGUAUGGCAGGAACUACAUUAAGAGAGGCCUCCAGUUUGGUUGGCAGAGUGGCGACCAGCUGGCCAAUUGGACGGGACUCUUAAAUGUCACGGACGUCCCAGAGUCACCCAGCGGCAAUGACUCCAGCUCCAGGUACUUUGAAUUUUACGAGGGCCCUUUAGAAUACAACUCCACAAGAUGCCUGGAGCUGAGGAACGAAAUCUUGGAGGUGAAGGUGCUGUCCAUGGUGAAGCAGUCGGAGCUCUUCGACAGGUGGAGGAGCCUGCAGAUGUGCAAAUGGGCGAUGAACAUCUCCGAAGCCAACCAGUUCAAGUCCACUCUGUCCAGGUGCUGCAACGCCCCCUCCUUCCUCUUCACCACCCAGAAGAACACCCCCCUGGGGACGAAGCUCAAGUAUGAGGUGGACACCAGCGGCAUCUACCACAUCAACCAGGAGAUCUUUCGCAUGUUUCCCAAGGACAUGCCCUACAACCGGUCGCAGUUUAAGAAGUGCGCCGUGGUGGGCAACGGCGGCAUCCUGAAGCACAGCCGCUGUGGGAGGGAGAUUGACAGCGCGGACUUUGUCUUCCGGUGCAACCUGCCCCCCAUCUCAGAGAAGUACACCAUGGAUGUGGGGGUGAAGACAGACGUGGUCACUGUGAACCCCAGCAUCAUUACAGAGAGGUUCCACAAGCUGGAGAAGUGGCGGCGGCCCUUCUACCGCGUGCUGCAGGUCUACGAGAACGCGUCGGUGCUGCUGCCGGCCUUCUACAACACGCGCAACACCGAUGUGUCCAUCCGUGUCAAGUACGUGCUGGACGACUUCCAGUCGCCGCAGGCCGUCUACUACUUCCACCCACAGUACCUGGUCAACGUGUCGCGCUACUGGCUCAGCCUGGGCGUGCGCGCCAAGCGCAUCAGCACGGGCCUCAUCCUGGCCACUGCGGCGCUGGAGCUCUGCGAGGAGGUGCACCUGUUCGGCUUCUGGGCCUUCCCCAUGAACCCCUCUGGCCUCUACAUCACUCACCACUAUUACGACAACGUCAAGCCCCGUCCAGGCUUUCACGCUAUGCCCUCCGAGAUCUUCAACUUCCUGCACCUGCACAGCCGAGGCAUCCUCCGUGUGCACACGGGCACCUGCAGCUGCUGCUGAGGGUGCGCUGGCUGCCUGCCACGCCCAGCCCGCCCGGCCCCCAGAACCUGGCUCCUCCUCUCCCUCCUGUGCCGGGCAAGGCAGUGUGAAGGCUGGCUGAAAGGCUGUGACUCCCUCGGUAGUUCAGCUUCAUGCUUGAGACCUGUGGGCCCGGAAACAGGGAUGGGGUACCGGGCAGUCAGCUCUGUGCUAGGCAUCCUGGGCUUCACUCCGUGUGGGCCCCAGGUCUCUGCCUUGCCUACUGUAGUGUGCUGCUGGGUCGCACCUCAAGGUCCGGGCCCUGGGGACUGCAAGUGAAUAAAGCACAUUUCCACUCAAUUUUAGCAUCUCAGAAAGACAGCACAAACUGUAUCGGCCUUGUCACAGCUAAAGGAAGGCCCUACAGAGAAUGGAAAGUGGGGAGACAAGCCAGAACACAUGAGCAAGGGCAAGAUUUAAUUCAGACUUUUGGGUUCCUGAGUUUUGUUUCACAGCCUUAGCCCUGAUUUGCUGUCUAGACUCUCAGAGCUUAGAGGCCAACCCAGCCACCAGACCUUCCUGUGAAGACAGAGUGGCCCAGAGAAGACCAGAGACUUAUCAGCCAAGGUUCCACCAUCUGAGUCCUUUAAGUGACACCGUGAGAGCCGACGCAAGGCCUGUGAGUCAGUAGCUUUGCAGAGACGCUGUCGGCUGAGGAGAACCACGCCAUUUCAAACACAUCUUCAGACAUACACACAGUCUUGGCGCCUCCAGGUACAAACCUGCGUUUGAUCUUUUGAUGAAAAGGAAGGAAACCAGCCCAGCCAUUUGCACUAAGGUUUUCAAGCCAACGUUAUCGACUCAUAAGUGCUCAGUGAUUUGCUUCCUUUUUUGCCUCCUUAUUUUCAGCUCUGUUUUAACCAGAGUUAUUUAUAAGACCUGUUCCUAUUUAUGUUCCUGAGAACUGCAGAAUCCUGCCGUAUCCCGAUCCUGAACAGGAACCAUCAGGCUCCAGGCUGCACCAAGUGACUGGUGAGCUUAGUGGCCGGGAGCACGUUGUGGCCUCUGACACGGGCAUCGCUGAGGGACCUGCUUUGCAGGCGGCACUUCCCACAUGGCCCAGCCUGGCAACCUCCACACACUCGGGCCCACAGGGCCUGCUCUUCGGGGAGUUAGCUGCGUCAAAGCUGAAAGGGGUUAACAUGCCAUAUCACAUCUGAAAUCCAUUCCCUUUGCUUCUCUCCCUGGUGUGCCCACCAUCAUGCUGUUGUGCCUCAUAGACGCCAUUGGAACAUUGCCUUAGAACUUAGCUUUGUGCAAUUGUAGACUGUUAGUCCCGGGGGGACUUCAGCUCCCUUCCCCCCUCCUUCCCGCCUCCUGUAAUCAUUUCCAUAGCUUGUUCUGCUUUGAUCUGGGGUUGGGCUCGUACACGAUGACAAAUAUGAACACA